AUGGAGAAUGCGGAUGGUCUGUUCCCUGUGACGAAGGAUGAGCUGGUGCAGGAGGGGGGCAUUGUGACCCUGCGCUGCCCCGUGCAGGAGAACGACAACUCCUCACUCCAGUGGUCCAACCCCGCCCAGCAGACCCUCUUCUUCGACGAUAAGAAAGCGCUGCGGGAUAAUCGCAUCGCCUUGGUCUACUACUCCCGACACGAGCUGGCCAUCAGCAUCAGCAACAUGACCCUACGAGACGAGGGGGACUACACCUGCUCCAUCUUCACCAUGCCCGUCCGCACCGCAGUGGCCAAGGUGGUUGUUCUCGCUGCUCCCAAGAAGCCGGAGAUUUCGGGCUACAUUGGGCCGAUCGUGGAGGGCCGCACCAUCACGCUGAUGUGUAACACGUCGGGCACUAAACCCCUGCCCACCAUCCGUUGGUUGAAGGGCAGUGACGUGAUGGAAGGCCAAACAUACGAGUCAGACAUCGCUGACCAACGGGCCUACGCUCUCAGCAACGUGGUGAAUCUGACGGUGUGGCGGAAGGACAACGGUGCUGUCAUAGAGUGUGCCGUCAACCACCGUGCCCUGCAGGACAAUGUCUACACCGCCCAGCAGAGAAUCGAGGUCCACUAUUCUCCCGAAGUGGUGAUCGAGGCAUCCAAGGAAGUUCCCGAGGAGGGCGAGGAGUUCAUGCUGCACUGUUAUGGAAAAGGCAAUCCCGAGCCCAGCUACUUCAACUGGCUGCGGUUUAACGGGGAGUUGUCGGAGCGAGCGGUGGUGAGGCACGAGAACCUGUCCUUCACUUACCUGAACAAGACCGAUGCUGGAGUCUAUCAGUGUGUGGCCAAGAACAUCAUUGGAACUGGUGCCAAGAACUACUCUCUGAGAGUGCACGGAGACCCCCUGGAUUUGGCCCCCGCCUCUCCCCCUGCUCCCGUCAACGUCUCCCUGACCCCAUCCAGGCACGACUCCACCACAAGCUCGGACACAGACCCUCUGUCACAGCUGACCCAGUCCAGCAUCGAUCACGCCGUCAUCGGUGGCAUCGUGGCCGUAAUCGUCUUCAUCGCUCUCUGUCUCUUCAUCGUCCUCGUCCGCUACCUGAUACGGCACAAGGGCACGUACCUGACGCACGAGGCCAAGGGGCUGGACGAUGCUCCGGAUGCAGAUACGGCCAUCAUCAACGCCGAGGUGGGCCACUCCAGCUCGGAUGAGAAGAAGGAGUAUUUCAUUUAGUGGAUGAGCGAGGGGGAGAGGGUGGGUCGUGGAGGUCCCGGCGGGGUGAGGAGAGCGCGUCCGCGGGAGUCACUGGGAACCCGCCGGGGGAGAGUCUCACCCACAACACCCCCACCCCCACCACACGCACCGCCAGAGUUUGCUCAAACUUACGCCUCGCGCACAGCCUGAUUAUAACUUACUGUCGUAACCACGAUCACUGUUCAGUCUAGUUAUUGGUUUAAUAUCCUUCCGUUAAAACGAUUUAUUUGUAAGAGAUGAGGUGGAAAUGAGGGGAGGGGUAGCAGGAGGGGCCGGCCAGUGGCAGCAACAUCGGGGCAGGGUGACUGCAAACUCCCGAAUAGUCCUAGCCUGCGAGUGUGUGACGGGGCGUUGUGGAGGGCGGGUCACUCUGUGUAUGACCCGCGCUGUUGCUGGCCUGAUAUUUGCGAGGUGCACUGCCUGACCCGUUGCCUGGAGGACACACCUUGGAGUUUGAGGGCAAUUAUAUAUUUGCAUGGUCUCCCCUAUCGCCCACCAACACACUCCCCCCAUCCCCACCCCGGCUGAUGACCACAGAGAGGCACCUCCAUAGCCAGUCUUCCAGCUUGUCAAGAUGGCCACCUUCCCAUUUGGUCAAUUGCCCCAUAGUUGUGUGAACACACUGUCUUGCUGUAGGCCGUUGUACUGCCCCUACCACCCAUCUUACUCCUUUUCUGCAAGGUUUGACAUGAUUGGCUGGAAUUAUACACAUAUACGUUAUAAAUAUAUACAUAUAACUACCAAUAUUAAGUGGAUGUCUACGUGUGUCUUGAAGAAGCAGAGCUGCCAUUGGCUGGAAGUUUUCACGUGUAUAUUAAGCAGCGCUGUGAUUGGUCGUUUGCUGUGUCUGCACCUCUGCCCCACCCACGUUAAGGGGGUCUUGUAUUGUAUUUCUGGGGCUGUUUGUGUUUGGGGGGGGGGGGGAGGUUAAUAAUGGGUGUUGUUUUUGCAAAUAUUUUAAAUAAAAAAAAGUAUAGAAUUACAAAC